GCGUCAUCCCAGCGCCCUCAUCGCGCCGACCUCGCUCCGCCGCCUGUGUCGCGCGCGGCGCCCUCCUCUCCGCGUCUGCGGUCGAGUCUGUCUGCCGUGCUUGCUCCCUGCAGACGCGCGCACCGCCCCCCGCCAUGGACACCGCCAUUGACCUCUCCGACGCCUCCAAGGCCCUCGACCUCGCCAACAUCCGCUUCCAGCUCAUGUACCCCCCCCACCCCCGCCCGCGCCGCACUCCCACUGACCCAGCCAGCCGCCUCGAGGACACCAUCACCUUCCACCUGAUCGAGCGCGUGCAGUUCCCGCUCAACAAGACCAUCUACAUCCCGGGCGGCGUCGACAUCGGCGCCCCGCACCUCUCGUUCCUGGACUGGAUGCUGCGCGAGCAGGAGCGCCUGCAGUCGCUCGUGCGGCGCUACCAGUCGCCCGACGAAUACCCCUUCUUCCCAGACGUGCUGCAGGAGCCGAUUCUCAAGCCGCUGCACUACCCCAAGAUCCUGCACGCCAACGACGUCAACGUCAACGCCCAGCUCAAGGCCUGCUACGCCGAGCACAUCCUGCCCGCCGCGUGUCUGCAGAAGCUCGAGGGCGACCGCGGCGAGAGCCAGGAGAACUACGGCAGCGCGGGGACGUGCGAUGUGCUGUGUCUGCAGGCCCUGUCGCGGCGCAUCCACUUCGGCAAGUUUGUCGCCGAGGCCAAGUUCGUCAAGGAGCCGGAGCGCUUUGCCGCCCUGAUCAAGGCGGGGGACAGGAAGGGGAUAGACGAGGCGAUUACGAAUGCCGCUGUCGAGCAGAAGGUGCUGGAGCGCCUGAGGCUCAAGGCCAAGACGUAUGGCACCGAUCCGGACCUGGCUGCGGAUGGCGUGAGCAAGGUCAAUGCGGACGCUGUCGUGGCCAUGUACAAGGACUGGGUCAUCCCGCUGACCAAGGAGGUCGAGGUCGAGUAUCUGAUGCAGCGCCUCAAGGGGACGCAGUGGGAAUAGCAUCAACACCAACAAGACAGAAAAAAUAAAGACUCUAUUGUUCAU